GGGCCACUUUAUUUCCAAGCAUGUUGCAGGCCAUUUUAUUCUUCUGAAGCCCCGCAUCACAUCGCACGUCGGACGGGCGCGACUCACCUAAAGCUCGCCAUUCGCUGUACGCGGCCACUGAUUGGUUACAAACACUCGAAACUCGAGUAGCUGUCACCGGGUUUGAUAACUGACACAUCUAUCAGGGCUAAGAGCCAAUCGGAGUGCAGUGUGGGCGGACCGUACGGGCAGGUGAGCAUAAGUGCGAGGGGAGCGGCGCUGAGUUUAACAACAGGAGUGACUUAUGUGAGUGUUUACGUGCUCCCGAGGGAUGGCCGAAGCUUUCAGUCAGGAGGCCGUUUUGGAUUUCCUCCUUCGCCACGGUGGAAAGGUGCGGAAUGUGGACUUGACUGCUCAUUUCAGAAGCUUCCUGAGGGACCCUGAGGGGCAGCUGGAGAACCGAGAGCGGUUUAAAAAGUUUGUCAACUCGCUGGCCGUGGUGAAGGUAGAAGACAGUGUCAAAUACAUCGCCCUGAAGAAAAGAUACGCGGAAUUCAUCCCCGAAGAGGCUCCUACAAGCGAGGUGCUGAUUGAGCGUGAGAAGAUAAAACCGAAGGUAGCCAAAAGUGGCCUGCCUCGGGAUAGUGGGCAGCUUUCGGGUCAACCGAGUGCACUCGGGCCCGAGCUAAAGCCCCGGGAGCGUAAGACUCCGAAAGGGAGCGGCAGGACCCGCCGGGCCCGCCAGCCGCCCGACUAUUCAGCCGGGGAGAAUCCGGACGUUGCCUGCGGCGUUGUACAGGCGCGGAACCUCUCGUCCGGAGGACUGCCCGCAGUGGUGCGAGGUGGAAACGGUGCCGAUGAGGCGAGUCGCUCACAGAGCGAGUCGGCCAGGGACGUCAGCAAAAGAGCGAGUGAGGAUCAACCGGCUCGUCAAAAGGAUCGCCCUGGGGCAGUGCUCAACAACGUUGAAAGAUCUGUUGCUUGUAAGUCAAAAGCACAGAGCGCCAGAGAACAUAAACGCAACACAAAUCCGGCUGCUUCUAUAGAGCGUACAGGUGAUACUGCGAGAUUGUUCGAUGCUAAUGGUAAUUGCGGAGGCAAUUUCGGUCAACCUCUUUUGGUUUCUGCCACAGCCUCGCCUAUCCUUUCUCAUGUUGCCCCGCCUAUUGCUAAAAAUAAAGAGCGAAAACAUACCGAUAAAGAACUUCCAGACCGCAAUUCUGUAAAACCCAUCCCUGAAUUCGCACCGUGUAAAUAUAACGAUAAUUCCAUUGGAAAUUUUGUAGGAGUGUACGCUUCUCAGAGAACAGAGGGAAAUCCGCCUUGUGAUACAAAACUGACCAGUCAUUGUAGGGGCUUGUCUUCGAAGACACGCCGGAGCAAUGCAAAAGUACCGGAAGAAUUCCCGACUAGUGGGGACGUGCAGGUGUCGCCUGCAGGUUCAGGAGAACGUAUCCAUCAGAACCAGGGAGAACUGGGUUGUUGGCCACUUGCUGUGAGUGGGCAGCCAGUGGGUAACGGAUGGUAUCCUGAAAAGGAUUCGCCUGAAAAACACGUAGCCCCUCUUAAAGGAAUGAAUGGACCUCCUCACGAUAUGCUAUCACCCUCCAAAGUCAAUAAUCAUACAACAGUUCCGAAAGUAAUUGAUGCACCUCCGAACGUAAAGGAUCCGCCGGCAAGUUCAACCCAGACCUCAAACCACAGAGACUGGAGAAAGGAGGAACCCUUAGAAAAUAAAGGACCAUCUGAGGAAUCUUCAUUGGUUCCACUUAACUCGAAAGAGCAUCAGUGGAUAGUGCAAACGGCUGCAGGAUUGUUUGAACAAGCGCGAGCCUUAUUCUGUGAUAACCCCAAUCUGGCCAUAAAAAAAGACUUUAUUUCUGGAUAUACAGUCCUUCACUGGAUAGCAAAGCAUGGCAACCAUCGUGAACUCACUAGAUUCAUUGGUUGUGCAAGAAAGUGUAAAGUUACUUUAAAUGUGAACAUUAGAUCUAACUGUGGCUAUACUCCUCUGCACAUAGCCACUAUGUAUGGACAAUUAAAAGUUAUUCAAUGCCUAGUUAACAAAUACAACGCAAAUCUUAAUAUAAGGGACCAUAGUGGCAAAAAACCUUGGCAGUACCUGAAUAGUGAUUCUCCCAGAGACUGCUUCCAGCUGUUGGGUGCUCCUCAACAUAAACUUGCAAAGCCUUCUCAAAUAAGCAGCACAUUCUCAGCUAACGGCAUCAGCAUCAGUCGGCAAAAAUCAUCUAAUGCUGUUACUAGAAAAUCAUCAUUUUCUGCUCUCAUUAGAUCCCCUCAACUAAUGCACAAAUUUAUGCACUUGCAUUCUGAUCAUUUGAAUUCAAUACACGAGGAAGAAGAGAAAAUGGACUGAAAAAGAGCCAAAUUUAACAGAUUCAGUUUAAAAAUGAGAAUUUCCAUGUGCAAUAUUUAACAUUAUGAUUGCGUUUUAACAAUCUAAUUUAAUUGAAAGCCUGUUGAUACAUAAUAGGGUUUGAAUUUUUGUUUGCUUUAUCUUCAUUGAGUUUAGAACAUGCAACAAUCAUUUAAGAAAUGCCUUUCACUAUUGAAUGGAAUGUAUGGAGGAUUAUGAAGUGGGGUUUUAAAUUAUAAAAUUUUAUUUUUGAAACGAUGUAAAAAUCCCCCAGAUUUCUGCCAAAUCUGCUGACUGCAUGGCUGGGUUGUGCUGGGAUCCAAUUGUACAGGUGCUAGGACUAUUGCCAAUCAUCCUUUAUCUACACACUUGAUUGUAAAUGUUGGUAAACUAAUUUUGGAGGGCCUGAAUGCUGUUCUGUUCCAAAACUUGUGAUCUGUGACAUACUGACUAGGGAAAAAUGGGGGAGGGUUUCCACUUACCCCUUUCUUAGCCAUCUUCACUCUACCUUGACAGCCCAACUUUCCCAGCAAUCAACUUAAUUUGUGGCAACACACACAAAAUGCUGGUGGAACACAGCAGGCCAGGCAGCAUUUAUAGAGAGAAGCGCUGUUGAUGUUUCGGGCUGAGACCCUUCGUCAGGACUAAUUUGUGGCAAUUGUGUUUAUACUUUCCCCUUUUUGAGCGCUAGUAGUGUGUGGUUUGUUCACAUCUGUAGUGAUCAGGGUCAUUACACAUUGCUAAGAUAGUCUUGCUGUACUUCCCAGUGCUCUCCUUACCACCAUCCCUGAUCUGAUACUGAAAUUCAGCCAUCAUCAACCCCAUAGCAUGCCAUAGAUGGGAAUCCCGGUUUUCCAGAUAUGUUGGGAGAUAAUAGAAAAAGGGAAUAUUCAGGAAAAAAGGGAAGGUGCCACAUGAACUGGGAAGAACAAACCAGUAAUAAUUUAGAUCUGUAACAUUAUUAAUGUACAUACUAAUCUACAAUUUUCUCCAAGUUUUGUGGGCAACUUGUGUCACUUGUCUAUAAUUCCAUUGGGAUUGUGUUCAGAAGCUGAUGCUGAGAAUCUUGAUAUAAAGUUGAACUUUGUUAGGGUGUAUUUAUUGAAACCAAAUGCAGGAACACACUGGCUGGUUGUGAAAAUGGAAUGUGACAAGAAGGCCAAGACGAAAAAAUGUAGGUUCCUUGGUGUAGAAAGGUAAAUUAUCCUAACUGCCCAUAUUCUGAUAUCUGCUCAAACACCAUAUGCAAACCAAACAUCUACAAAACCUCAGUACCUGAAAAUGCUUGAAUAUUGUUUAUAAAUAAGAGUCAUGUUGUCCAGCCCCAGUGCUAUCACUGUUAUAAGGUAUUACAUAUUGACACAAUGUGAGGUGCUUGCCUGUAGUACAUUCAGAAGCUGAGAUUUGAGGAACCUGAAUAGUUGUGUUGAUUUUACAUUCUCUUGCAUUUUUUUUACUUCACUGAAUUCCUUCCUUUUUGCUGUUCCCUCUCGCUCUCCCUCUACAAUCUCCUCUCCAUUCCCAACUGCACUUCCGUUUUUAAUCAUCUAUCCAACGUUCUCUUGAUUCCACACUUUGCAAUGUUAUAUACUUUUUUCCAACUCUUAUCCCAUUCUCAGUCUCUCCCAUUUCCUGAGCUCUUCCCUACAUGAAUUGUUUUACUGUUUUCCUAUUAACACCAACAAUACAGUGCCUUUUAAUUUAGUGAAACAUCCUGAGUUGCUUUGUUGACUUGUUGGCAUUAAGUAGGUCCCUCACCAAAGGAGUAGACAGCAAUAACCAAGUGUUGUGACUCAUAAUAAAGGAAAACAUUGGAGGUUAGAGAAGGAAUUCCAGAACGCAGAGCCUUGGUAACUGAAGGAAGCUACCGUAGAUGGAGUUGCAUGCCAUCUUGGACAAUGUCUCCCAUCCACUCCAUAAUGUACUGGUUAGGCACAGGAAUACAUUCAGCCAGAGACUCAUUCCACCGAGAUGUAACACUGGGCAUCAUAGGAAGUCAUUCCUGCCCGUGGCCAUCAAACUUUACAACUCCUCCCUUGGAGUGUCAGACACCCUGAGCCAAUAGGCUGGUCCUGGACUUAUUUCCACUUGGCAUAAUUUACUUAUUAUUUAAUUAUUUAUGGUUUUAUAUUGCUAUAUUUCUACACUAUUCUUGGUGGUGCGACUGUAACGAAACCCAAUUUCCCUCGGGAUCAAUAAAGUAUGUCUGUCUGUAAUUUAAAUCUGAAAAUGAUCAGAGCUCCUCCCAUUUUGAAUUUAUGGGUAAUUUUGAACUGCUUUCUUCCCCUGCCUUCAUCCCCCUAGCUCCUAUCCUUCUGCAAGCUUGAGUCCACUUCUCAAACCAAAAGCAGAUUUUUGCUUUACGUAGGUGUGACUGCACUCUGCUGACCACACUCCUUGAGUGUGCGCCUACCAUGACUGGACUUGGUGAGCGUAGCUGCCUGUGUCGUCACUGUAGACACAUUCCCUGAGCACCUCUUCUUGCAUCAACAACAUGUCCUUAACACUCAAGUCUUUAUUAGAACCUUGACCAAAGUCGUUAAAUACGUGUUUAUCAGCUUUCUGAAAGCUGCUCAGUGUAAAGCAAUGUACACACAUUCAUUGGCUACACACCUUAAUAUUUGUAUUUACCAAAACAGUGAGUAUAAUUGCCAAAUAGAUCUGUACCAACAUGGUACUUCUACUCCUUUAUUAUACCUAUAGUAUUUAUACCAAAAGCAUAUUUGUCCUCCUUGAGCACCUUAAUAUGUUCUGAUACAGUUCCAAAUACUGUCAAUUGUUCUUGACUAGCAGCUGUCUGCAACAUUUGUAACUGAUGUUUUAAAAUGUAAUAAAGACGCAUAUACUAAAGGCA